CGCAUCGUAGGAUGGAAUGCUGCUGCGGUCAAAGCUCAAGUUGCUGUUGCGCAUCCCGUCAUAGUAGCCGAUGCUGCCUCGGUCGAUUGCUGACAAGGGGUUGUCUUGGUUUGGCGUUGGGCCAAAGCUCGAGUUGUUGGUCAUAAAAGUCGAGUUGUUGGUGACGGGUGGAAGGUAUGGCGCGGCUUUUCGAGCUGGAGCCCCCCGGUACGUCCCAGCGGGGUUGAUGCUGUACGGAAUGGGUUCCGAUGCCCGGUCGAAGUAUUCACUUUCGCGGUACCGACGUAGUCGGUUGCAUAGGUACAGCGCCAACAAGAACAAAAACACGGCACUGCCGACAAUGGCGGGAAUCACCCACCCCGCGAUCCCGUUGCCAGCGUCGACGACGGCCUUGGGGGUUGUCGAGGGUUUCGACGUUUCGACUUCGAUGGGAUCCGCCGUUGGGCUUGGGGUUGGUUUUGUUUUGGGGCUCGUGCUUGGCAUGGGCGUGAACACGGUUGUUGUUUUCGGGGCUUUCGACGGCUCCGGUGUUGGUUCUGGUGUUGGUUCCGGAGUUGGUUGAUCCGUUUCAGGUACGGCGGUGGUGCGUGUCGGGGUUGGUUUCGGGGUUGGCUUGGACGUCGGCGCAACGGUCGUGGGCUCUUCCGUCGGAGCGGGUGUAGGUUCGUCUGUUGGUGCUGAGGUCGGCGUGGCCGUCGAUGG